AAGCAACUUUUGAUCCAUCCGAAUGGAAUCUUAAUUGGGUUGGGAACCAUAAACGACGCGGUGGAAAAAUAACAAUUCUCGUCUCGUUAUGGAAAACAAAGUAUCAAGAAGAGCUCAUAAAGAUUUCAGAACGAACGAAUAAGAAAAGCAAACAAUUGGAUUCGUGAAUUGCUCAAUCCCUCGUCCGGUUUCAAAGCAUCUUACCCUUUUCGGUUUUGUUUUAAUCCAACCGAGAAAAGGCUGACUCUUCCUUUAUUUUUAUUUUUUUAAAUUAAAAAAAAAAAUCCUCACAACUCGUAACGUUGUGGAAGAAAGAUGGAAGAAACGAGAGAGACUGUUCGAUGUUUCUCUUUCUUCAUCACCUGUUUAAUUCUUAGUUGUUCAUCAUCAUUAUCAUCAAUCUCUCACACUUUUUGUUUUCUUCUUUUCUUAUUAAAAUUAUUAUUGUUGCUAUUAUUUGCUCUUCCUAAUUCUUAUUAUUCCUUUGGUUAUUAUUAUUUAUCGCCCUUAUUCUUUCAUCAAAUCUCACCGCACAUCUCCAAAAAAAACUCUUUUUUUUUUCUUUUGUAUUUCUUCGCUAUCAAGUUCAACAUCAACAAGAAUUCACAUUCCUAAAACAUUUCCAAAACCAUAUACGGAUGCCUUGACCCAUUCUUUCUUUUUACCCUUUUCAAACCCUAGUUUCCUGUUUUUGUUACCUCCAUCUCGAUUGCUAGGGUUUGAUCGAUUCUCUGCUUGUUCCAAUGGAGGCGGGUUCAGCGGAAGGAGACAAGAAGAAGCCUCCCGAAGGUGGGGAGAUCAAGUCGAAGCGGAAAAUGAAGACGGCAUCUCAGUUGGAGCUUCUGGAGAAGACCUACGCUGUGGAGACGUAUCCGUCGGAGGCUGUGAGGGCGGAGCUGUCGGUGAAGCUGGGACUGACGGAUCGACAGUUACAGAUGUGGUUUUGUCACCGGAGGUUGAAGGAUAGGAAGACUCCACCUGCGAAGCGGCAGAGGAGAGAUUCGCCGGUGAUGCCUCAGCAGACUCCGGUGGCGGGGGAUGAAAUGAUGAUGGUUGAACCGGGGAAUGAGCCUGGGUCAGGGUCCGGGUCAGGGUCGAGUCCGUUUGGACGGGCUGAGGCUCGGAAGGUGGUUGUUGCCCGACCUUCACCACCAACUCCUCAGCCCAGGGUGACUUCUGCUGAUAUGCCCAUGAUUAAGAGGUACUAUGAGCAUCCACAGUCGAUAAUGGAGCUCAGAGCCAUUGCUGCUGUGGAGGCACAGUUGGGAGAACCAUUGAGGGAAGACGGUCCAAUUCUGGGAAUGGAGUUUGAUCCCUUGCCACCAGAUGCAUUUGGUGCGCCUCUUGUGGGUCAGCCAAAGCAAGCUGCACGGCCUUACGAUGGCAAAGUAUAUGAGCGACAUGAUGCUAAGUCAUUCAAAGUUAGUUAUCUAACUUAUUCUUUCUUGUCCUGUUGCGUUCUUAAUAUAUGUAUGGAAACGUUUUUAUGAAUUCAAAAUCUAUUAAAGGAGGAAAGGAAUGGGAUUGUAUGUGUGUGAACGGGCAUGUGUGUGUGUGUGUGUGUGUCCAAGGGUGGUGGUGGUGGAAUGCAACUCACUGCCUUUGGGUUGUUGGGCCUCUCUAAUUUUUUGGGAAACUUAAUACCCCUUGUGUAUUAUGAAAGAAUGGAAAACGAACAUCAGAGGAGCCCACAAUACCCCAACAAAAAGACUUUUAGAAUU